AAAAUUAUUAAUGUGAAUUUAUUUUUUAUUUAUUAUGAUAAUCAAUAAUAUUUAAAAAGAUUUUUUUUUUAAAUUUUAAAAAAUGUUUGGGUGUAUUUGUAAUGUUUUCGAAUGGCUUGAUCACCAACCGAUGACAAUAAAAAGUCUCGGGAUGGAGGAUAAAAGAAUGACGGAGAUGAUGUCAAAUCAAAUGACAAUAUCACAUCAAAUGAAAAAUAAUAUAGAAAAUGUAUGUCCAUCGAGUCCUGGUGUACAAUCAAUGCCAUCAGGUGCUCGUCGACGUAGUGGACCACAAAUAUUGUUACGUUCACCAGCAGCUAAACGACCAUUAUCAGCACCAGUUGCAUUACAAGGCUGGCUAUAUAAACGAGGCUCAGAAGGUCUUAUGUUAUGGAAAAGAAGAUGGUUUGUUUUAACUGAAUAUUGUUUAUUUUAUUACAAAACACCAGAAGAAAAAAAUUUACUUGGAUCAAUAUUAUUACCAUCAUAUUGUGUUAGUAUUUGUACACAAGAUGAUAAAACAAAUAAAAAAAAAUAUGCAUUUAAAGCUGAACAUCUUAAUAUGAGAACAUAUUAUUUUGCUGCUGAAACACAUGAUAGUAUGUUACAAUGGAUAAAUUCAUUGACAUUAGCAACACUUGUACAAGAUCCAAAUACAAAUUAUAAAAUAACAACACCAGUAUCAUCAAAUACAUCAAAUUUUAAUGAUAAUUGUGAUGGUGAACAAAGUGCAAGACCAAGUGUAUCAUCAAUAUCAUCAAUGAUGAAUCAAAGUGCUGAUGAUAGUGAUUCAGGUUUUCAUGGUUUUUUAUCACGAGAUGAACAAAUAUUAUCAAAUAAUAAUUCAACUCCAAAUAGUGGAAAUACAUUAUCAUAUCCAAAUUCAUCUUGUAUUCCAAAUACAACAAAUAAUAAUAUAAAUAAUAAUUGUAAAAGAAAUAUUAUUAAUAAUAAUAGUAACAACAAUAAUGGACAAUUGCAAUCACAAUUUAUUAACAAUGGCUGGCAACAAAGACACUAUCAUAAUCCAAAUAUGAUGCAUAAUAUGUAUGGUUGUACACGUCAACAACAACAACAACAGCACCAGCAGCAACAACAAUUUAAUGUACAAAAUAUUGAAACAAUGCCAAGGAAAUUUGGUCAACCAGUUUAUGCAAAUGCACCACCAAAACCAAGAAGGCUUACUGAUGGAUCAACUGAAUAUUCUACUCCAUCACCAGAUCCAGAUGAUAAUACACCACAAACAUAUCAACAACAACACCAGCAACAACAGCAAGUUGCUUGGAAUAUGAUUGGAGCUAAUCAAAAGUCACCAGAUCAAGAUGACAAUACACCACAAUUAUUACAACAACAAAAAGCUGGUUGGAAUAUGAUUGGAGUUAAACAAAAAUCACCAGAUUAUGAUGGUAAUUCAAUAAUUUAUGGAACAAGAAUAAAUCAAAUAAAUCAACAAUCUGUUGUACCAUUAAGAACAGAUAAAUCUGGUUUAAAUUAUAUGAAUAAUCAAGUACAAAGUAAUAAUGAAAGACGUACACCAGAUACAUAUGGUAGAAGUACUAAAACAAAUUCACGUAAAACACGUAUUAAUGGAUCAGAUUAUGAGGAUGUUUAUGCUGGACCACAAUUAUAUCAAAGACCAAUUGGUCCAGUUGGUUAUUGUAAAAGUCCAGUACCAUUACCAAUUGAUAUACCAUCACCAAUUAUUGAUAAUAAUGAAUCAAUAUAUGUUCAACAACAACAAAAAAUAAUUGAUCAACCACCACGACCACAUAGUGCUGAUUUUCUUGAACAUGAUAUGAUUAAACGACGUAAUAAUAAUAAUACUAGUAAUAAAAAAAUUGAUGAUAAUAAUAAAGUAUUACAUAAACGUCAUCAACGACCAAAAUCAAGUAUGGAUAUAAUACCAAUUCCCUCAAAUAUAAAUGAUUAUUAUACAGAAGAAAAAUAUGCAGCACAAAUGCGACAAACAUAUUUAAAAUCACCACAAUCAAUAAAUGGUACUAUUGAUUCUGUUGAUCAUCAAUUAUAUUCUUCACAUAUAAAUAACAGUAAUAAUUAUCAUAGCCAUCAUAAAUUACAAAGAAAUAAUUCACGUACAACAACACCAUCAUUGUUAACUAAAAAAUAUGAAAAUUAUAAUAAUGAAAAUAAUUAUGAUUGUCAUAAUAUUUAUGGUAUUAAAGAUAAUAAAAUUACAGCAUCAUCAACAACACAAUCAUUAAAAAGACAUCCAGAUAAUUUUUAUAAUAGUGGAAUGAUGAGACGUUCAUUGAGAGAAAAAAAUUAUGAUAAUUCAUUUAAUGAUUCUUCAUAUAUUGAUACAAAUAAUGAUGGUACAAUUUUAACAAGAAUAAGAUUAAAUGAUAGUAAUAAUUAUGAUGAUGGUAAUGAUAUUUAUGGAUUACAAAGUCGACAAGUUGGUGAACAUUUAAAUAGACGUAGAUUACAUGAUCAACAAUUUAUGAGAUCAGCAUCAGCAAGAUUACCACGUAAUCGUCAUUCAAAUACAAUUCAAGUUGAUUGUAAAAAUUCAGCUGAUAUUGAUGCUGAUGAUUGUUAUGAGCAAGGAUUAAAAUCACCUGGUUCUCGUGAUGGAGACAGAAGAAUUCAACAGCGUGAAGAAUCGAUGAAACGUUUGCUUGAAUGGAAACAAAGAAUGUUACAGUCACCAUUAACAAAAAAACCAACAUCACAAAUAACAAGUAACAGUCCAAUUGUUAAGACAGAAUUGUCAAGUCAUUAUAAACGUCAAGCAUUACUUGAUCUUGCUGCACAUGAGGCAUCUGUUGCGGAAGCACGUCAACCACGUCAUCCAAGACGUGAUGAUAAUUCAUCACAUCGUUCACACUUACGUAGCAAGAGUUCAGAUGGAUGUCGAUCAGCCAAUAAUAUUAUUAGAUACAACAGCUACUCCAGUGACGAUGAAGAGCCAGAUGAUGAUGUGAAAAGGAAAAGGACACGUAGACAGAGCAGUCAUCAAACAUCAGGAAAAACAAAUCGAAAUGAUGAUAAAACAAUAUUAAAUUCAAAUAAAUGUAAUAAAAAUAUUACAAGUCCAGAUGUUGGUUAUUGUGGUUAUGAAGAUACUGAAUUUCCAGUGUCACCAGUGAGUCAAUAUCAUGAUACAUCAAUAAAUUUAAAUGAUUCAAUUAACAAUGAAAAGGAUCAAUCUGAAAAUACAAUUAUUGAAAAAAAAUCAAGUAUUUUAAAAACUAAAAAUUAUCAGUAUAAUAUUGAUGAAGAUAAUAAUUACGAGUGUGAUCUUUCAUCAAUGAUUAAAAAAAAUUUAACAUUAAGAAGAGGAAAAGCUAUUUGGCCACACAGUACACCAUCACCAACAUCUUCCUUGUCAUCAUCAUCAAAAACAAUUCAAUGGAAUUCACCAGAUAAUUCUAAAAAUCAUGUUGAUGAAAGUCAAUUUAUUAAAGAGUUUUCUUAUCAAUAUAUAAAAGCUGAUGAAGACUAUCUUGAUGAUAAUAAAUCUUUAAAUGAUAAAAGUAAAUCAGUUAGUUUUAAAUCAGAUGAUCAAACUUGUGACACGGAUAAUACUGAUGAUAAUGAUCAAAUUAAUGAUUCUAUUUCAAAAGAAUCAUCUCAAUCAAUUGAAGUAAAUAUCAGUGGUGGUGUUGGUGGUAGUGGUAAAUCAGUAAAAGAUUUAUUGGCUGAUUAUGAAAAAAAAUCUGAUCAAUUUGUACAUAAAGCUGAAAAUGAUAAACAGGAUGAAUUAAAAGUAGAAGAUAUUACUCAAGAUAAUUUUGAAUUAUCAAAUAAAAAUAAUAUAAAUUGUGGUUUAAUUAAUUCUGAUGAUCCUAGUGAGUGUUAUGUUCGUCACAGUGUUGCUGAUUCAAUGAUUGCUAAUAUUGGUGUUACUUGUAAUGAUGAAUUAUCAAGUGACAAUAUAAGUAUAAAUUCAUCAUUUAAAAAUGAUGAUAAAGGUAGUCCAGAAGCUCAUUAUUUACCAAUGUCACCAAAAAAAGCUAUACUUGAUCCAAAUAAUGAUGUAUCAAAUGGUGCCUCUAAAAUAAUGUCAAAUUUAUUUCAAAAAUUAGAUCAUGAAGAAUGUUCAUAUGUUGAAAUGACACAACGUGGUAGAACAUCACGUUGUGAUGAUGAACGUUAUUCUGUACUUGCACCAAAUCAAAUAAAUAAUUAUAAUAAAAGCAUGCUUGAUUCUGGUGAUUAUACAACACUUGAUAAUUCACAUUAUGAAUUUGUAUGUGUUACUGAUAAUAAAAUUGAACCAGUUUACAUGGAAGUUUGUCAAUUAAUUAACAAAAAUAAUGAUCAUGAUCAUAAAAAUCAACAAAAUAAAACAUCAAAUGAUAAUAUAAAAAAACAAAAUCAAAGAUUAUCACAAUUAUCAGCAGAUCUUCCAGAUAUUUUAACAACAUUAAAAACAAAUGAUAAUCAAAAUUAUAAUAAUAGUGAUAAUGAUCGUAAUAAUGAUGCUGAUGAUAAUGAAAAUAAUAAUGAUUAUUGUCGUGAUAAAAAAAUUAAUAAAAAUGAUGAUAAUAAUUGUGGAGAAAAAAAAAUUAUUGAUAAUACCGAUUCUAGUUUUAAUUUGAGUGAUAAAAUUAUGAAAAAUAAUAAUAGUGGUGAUGUUGAUGAUGAUGAUAUUGAUAAUUGUGAUGAUGAUAAUUUUUUAGAAUCAUCAAAUUAUGAUGGUACAAUUAAUUUACCAAGACAUCCAAGAUUUAGUUUAUCAGAUACAUUUAGACCUGCAUCACAUUAUCUUGAUAUUGGAAGAAAUAUUAAUUUAUCAGAAUUUUCAGAAGAUUUUCAGGACAAUGAUUUAGUAUCACCACCACCAAUACCAACAACAACACCACCUUUGGAUGAACUUGAUUCACUUGAAAUUGAUGAUAAAAUUGAUGAAAUAACUGCAAAAAAUUUAGAAAUAACAUCAAAUUUAAUAAAUUUACCAAAAUUUAAAGAUAGCCAAAAUAGUAUUGCAAGUGGAUUACAAUAUGAUCAUGACAAUAGCCAAGAAGAUGAAGAAGCACGUUAUAGAAAAUUAAAAAGACGUCCAGUUAGUAAUGAUGUUUGUGAAAUAUUUGAUAAUUUAGAUGAACUUGAAUCAUUGGGUAGUCGUUUUGAUGGUGCAAGUAUUGAUUUAGAUCAGUAUCUUGAAGAAUUACGUAUAAGAGAUGCAUUUAAUGUUGAUUUAUAUAGCAAGGAUUUAAGUUACAAUAGUCUAUAUGGUUUAAAUGAUAAUGAUAAUAAAUUUAAUAAUAAUAAAUUAAAUAAAAGUAAUUUAUCAACAAUAAGCAGUGAAAUAUCAGUAGCUAAUUCAACAGAAUAUUUAUCUACAAAUAGUCCAAAUACAAGUGUUAAUAUAAAUGAUAAUCAACCUCAUCCUCAUCAUUCCCAUCAUCAUCAUCAUCAUCAUCAUCAUAUUAAUAAUAAUACAAGAACAAAUUCAGCAUCAUCAUUACCAGCAAUGAGAAUAACUGAUUUACCACAAAAUCAUCAUCAACAUUCACAAUCAUUUAGUGGCUGUACAACAACUGAUGAAAUCACAUCACUGUCAGCUUAUUAUGAAAAUGUUACAAAUUUUUCACCAUUACCAACAAUGACAUCUGAUGAAUCAUUUAAUUUAUCAUAUAAUCAAAAGUUAUUAAAUAAAUGUGAUAAAAAAAAUAAAAAAGAUGAUGAUAAUAAAACAAUAAAUGAUCAUCGUCAAUUACAAAAUAUACCAAGCCAACAAGAACAACAACAACAACAAGAUAAUGAUCAAAUUGGAGCACCAUAUUAUUAUUCUGAUUUACAAAAUGGUCAACAACAAAAUAUUAAUGAAAAUAAUAAUGUACAAAUAAAACAACCAGUACUUAUUGCAUACACAUCAAGAUUACCACAAUUAAAUAAUCAACGUGGUAAUACAAUAAUAAAUUAUACAAAUAAACGUAAUGAUAUUGGUCGUUUAGUUAAUCCAAUAACAAAACAAUUACCAAGAACAAUACAAGUUGAUGAUAUUGAUGAGGCACGUUUAAUUGCUGCUGAAUUACGUAAAAAAUCAUGUGAAUAUUUAUCAAAUAGUGCUAAUAAAAUAUGUAAAAGUGAUAUGGAUGAUAAAAAAAAUUUUUAUGAAUCAGAUACAUUGAGACGUUUCAAAUGUCGUACUGAUGAUAAAAUUGAUUUAAUUAAUAAUGAUGAUGUUAAUAUAUAUCCACAUGGUCUUAUACGUGAUAAAACAAUGAAAUUAAGUGAUUGGGAUUGUGUUAAUUAUCAACCAAAUCACAGAAGAUCAAGAUCACUUGAGGGAUUAUUAGAUAAUGUUGAUUUACAAAAUUUAAUUGCCAAUGAUAGUAGUAGAAAUAAUUUUCGUGUAUCAUCAGUACCACCAAUAAGUCAACGUGAAAUUAUAAAUGAUGACAAUAAUAAUGAUACUGGUAAUAAUACAUUUAGUAGAAUAAAUUCAAAUGAAUUAACAAGACCUAUUGAUCAACAAGAAGAUCCAUGGCAAGAGGAUAGUUUAUGGAGAGAUAGUCUUAGAAGAAUAAGUCAUAGACAUGCAAGAUCAUUAGAUAAUUUAGAGAGUCGUAGUACAAAUGAUCAUUCAAGAGAAAGACACAAAAUAACACGUGAUGCUGUUUAUGUUAAUGAUAGUAUGAGAUAUGUUUCACCAAUUACUGUUAAAGAUCGUGACAAAGAACGAGGUGGUGGUUGUGAUGAUGGUGUUGCUAGUAGUGCUAGUGGUAGUGGUAAUAAUAAUAAUACUAAUCAUGAUAAUGAUGAAGAUGGUGAUGAAAAUAAAAAAGAAAAUUGUCAUGUUAAUUUAUCACAAGUUGAACAAUCAACAUCAACAAGUAUUAAUAAUAAUCGACAAACAAAUGAAGACGGUGCAUAUGAAUGUCUUGAAAUGAAUCGUUCAACUGGUGGUUAUAUAUGGGAUCCAAAUAGUGAAACAUAUAAUAAAAUACAAGAUAAUAAUAAUGAUGAUGAUGAUAAAAAAAAUCAUUUUUUAGACGUUGGCAACCUUCCUCCGAAAACACAUAUGAAAACACAAAGUUCAUUCGAAAUAGAUCGCGAAAAAUUACGUCAGUGGGAUCUACUGUCGAGCGCUUGCUCACACCAGGAACAACGAACACUGAUGGGAGAUGUAUCGGUGCGAGGGUUGCCAGUUUUAGAAAAUCAACAAGAAGAUGGUCAGAAUAUGACAUUAAUAACGACAACAACAACAACACCAACAAUGACAACAACGACAAUGACAACGACAAUAAUUAAUAAUCAAACCAAUGAAGAUAAAGAUAUUGAUAAAAUUAUUGAUGAUGCUAGAAAUGAAGAUGAAACAAUGGAGAAGAAUAAUGGCAAAGCUUCUGGUUCUGGCUCAGUGAUUGGAAGAGAUCCCUUGCCACCACGUGCAAUUAGCACGUCUCAAUUGUCACAAAAUAAUUUAACAAAUCAGCCACGUUCAUCAUCACAGUCGCAUGUCAAUGGACAUGAUAGUCGUGUACAACAACAAAUGACAAGUCCACUUCCUGUUUAUCAAUCAACACCACAGUCAGCAACAAUUACUAAAAUGCGACAAAAUGGUAAUGAUAUAGAUUCAUCAAUUUGUCGAGGGACAACUGAUGUCAACAAUUCAACAACAAUGAGCAGUGAAUCAUUGCAUAAUAAUUCAACAAAUUUACGUGUUAUUUCGCCAAUUGACUAUCGUAUAUCAAGUCCAAGUGAUAGUGAAAGACAUACUCAUAAUUCUUCUGAUAAAAUACCAAUUAAUUAUAUGAAUGGUAGCAUUGGUGGCAAUAGUUACAGACAACUUCACCAGGUACCACAAGAUUCUGAUAUUAUUGAUCAUCAGACCUACAAACGAAUGAUGAACAUGGCAAGUACAAAUCAGAAUCAUCAUCAAAGUUAUAUGAUUGAUAAAAAAACAACUGGAAAUCUAGUUCAGGUAUCAGCUGGUGAAUUAUUGGGUAGAACACAUGAAGAAUUGGUCUUGUUAUUGAUACAACUUAGACGUCAAAGUGCAUCGCUGUGUAAAGCAAUGGAAAAAUGUCAUAUGGAAAUUGAGGCACAGGCAAGACUUGUUGAGCUGGAUACACCAAGAAGAUUAGAAAAUCUCCAUAAACUUGAUGAACUUAAAAAUCAUUUGAUUGAUCUAGAAAAACAGUAUGAAAAAGGAAAACCGCUUGUUAAUUUAGUUGAUAAUAUGGUAAAGCUUGGAUCUCUUUACAAUCGUAAUGGCAUUAAUGGAAACAGUAGUAUUUUAAAUGCAAAUCCAUAUGAAAAAAAUGGUCACAUUAAUAAUUAUCCAGAAAAUAAUCAACGUGCAAGAGAAGAAAAGCUAUUAGAAGAACAUCGUAAACGAAAUCAACAAACAGCUGAUCAAGGAAAGCUACAAGAAAAAGUUAAACAAUUAUAUAAAAUUGAUCGUUUACUUCAAGAAGAAACUGGUACAAUGUAUAGUCUUCAACAAGACAAAGAAUUACUUGAAAAAGCAUUAGGUGGUUUACGUAAUAAGUUACAAGAUAAUCGUACAAAUAAUGUUGAAUUUGAAAAAUAUAAAAAACAACAAAAUUUACUUGAACGUGAAUUAUCACGUGUUAGAAUGUUAUUAUCACAUAAUUCUAAAAAACUAGAAGAAACUAUUAUUGAAAAUACAAGAUUAGAAAAUGAACUUGUAAUAUUACGUCAAAAAAUACAAGAAUCACGUGGUUAUUCUGGUGGUUAUUCAAAUACACCAGGUACAACAGCAAAUUUAGAAUUUGAAUUUAAACGUGUACAACAACUUGUAUGUGAUCUUCAACGACAAAGACAAGAUUUAAGUAUUCAAGUACAUCAAUUAACUGAAAAAUCACAUAAUUUAGUUAAACAAAUUAAUCCAAAUCCAUCAACAAGUCCAUUAACAUUUACAUCAAUACAAACACCUGGUGUACAUCAUAUUUAUCAAGCAAAUAAAAAAAGAAUUCCAACAUCAUGGUUUGAAACUGAUCUUGAUUCUGGUGUUACAUUUGAUCAUGGUCUUGUAUCACCAUCAAGCUCAACAACAAGUUCAUCAUUAUCACCAAUGAAUUAUACAAAUAUUCAUAUGACACAGCUAAGUCCACAGCUACGUGAACAAAUGCAUCAACAACAAAUUCAUAAAAAUCAGCUAUUAAAAGAUAGAAUACAGGGUAAAAGUAGAAGUAGUCCAAUAUUAACAAAUAUACCACUUUAUGUUAAUACAGAUGGUAGAAAAGUUAUUCAUACUGGUUUACCACCAGAAUAUAUAUCACCACCACCACCGCCACCACCGACAUUACAAUCUUCUUCAGUACAUUCUCAUUCUCAUUUACAAUUGUCAUCAACAUUAUCGCCUCCAGGCUCACCAUUACCACCACCUCCACCACCACCACCUCUCAUUGAUGAUUCAAUGUUCAAUGGAACUGUCAACAAUAAUAAUCGUGAUAAACAACAAGAAAUAAAAACAGUUAGAAUUGUUAAAAGAGAAUCAGAAAGACGACAAAGAGAUCGUGAUCGUGGUGAUAAUUGUAGAAAUAAUAAUAUUGGCAUACCAUUGAUGAAUGGACAUGGAAUAUCUAGUGGACAUGAUUAUGAUCAUAUUGGUAUGCCAAGAGUAGAUGAAAAUCAGUAUUAUCAACAAAAAGAUUUAGUAAAUAAUAAUAAUAAUAAUUGUAAUAAUAAUAGUAGCAAUAAUAAUAGCAAUAAUAGUAAUAGACAAGUUGAGAAAAGUAUGUCAUUGCCUCGAGGUUUUGGUGGACAAAAAAAUCAACAGGAUAUUGUUACUGCUCCACCAGUAUUACCACCACCAAGAAGUGACAGCAUGAAUGCAUUGAAAAAUAUUAUUGCACGUUGCAGUCAAACAACAAAAUUGGAUUCUGGUCAUGAUGGUAUUAAUGAUAAUAAUACUACAAUCAAUGAACAACAAAAUUCUUUGUUGCCAAUGUCAUAUCAAAAUUAUGCAUCACCAUAUACAAAAUUACGUAAAAGUCAAGAAAUGAAUUUAAUACAACAAUGUCAACAACAAUCAAUUAAAUUAUCACAAGAAAAAUUAACAAAUUCAGUUGCAAGUGUUAAUAGUGUUGGUGGUGAAUCACCACAAUUAUCACCAGUAUUUAAAAGUGAAGCUGCUAAACAAAUAAUUAAAGAAAUGACAGAAAAAAAAAUUGAUAAACCAAAAAAACGUUUGAUACCUAAAGAAAAAAGACGACAUUAUACUGUAUCAAGUAGUAAACCAAUAAUAGGUCUUGAAGAUGUUUUUUCAAAAAUGCAAAUGGGUAGAGCCCGAGAUGAUUUGGAUAUGGAAAGAGCAUUGAGACCAAGAAUAAAUGCUCCUGAUGUUGUCAGAUCAACACUGAGUCAAAAAGAACUUAAAUUUAAUGAAAAUAUGAUUGAUCAACUUCUUGGUGCACCAAAUAAAAUAUUUAUUCCUGAACGUUAUGUUCCUGAACAGACACCAGAAUUAUCAGCUGAAGAAAAAAAACAACGCUUACAAAAAGCUGAUGCCAUACGUAAAAUGCUUUCUGAAACAACAGUAACAGCUGCUGAUGAUGCAAAUGAUGAUACAGUAGUAAAUAAUGAAAAAUCAAAUGAUUUUAAACGAAAAGUUGCUGAAGAAAAAAAACAAAGAGAUCAUAUACUUCAAUUAAAUCAAAUACUGGCAAAACAAGUUAUGGAAAAAAGUAAAAUGGUUGCUGUAACUGCACUUAUUCAACCAGAUAAAAAUUAUGAUGAUGAUGAUUAUAAUGAUUUAUCACCAACGCAAAUGCCAUUGUAUCAACAGCGUGAUAAUUAUUUUUACUAGAUAAAAAUAAUAAAAGUGCCAGAAUAUUCAUCUUGAUAAAGAAAAAAGAACCAUCGAUUGAUUAACUUUAGAAAAUUAUUAGCGUAGAUGAAAAAAAUAUAAUAAAUGUUAUACAAAGCUUGUGGUUAAUUAGUAUAUUGAAAGACGAUAUAAAUGAGCUUUAAUAAUUAUUAAUAUUUACUAAUUAUUAAUUAUAAUUAUACACCCUUUUUACAAAUUUAUAUAUAUACUAAAUUUGAAUUUAAAAAUAAAUACAAACAAUCAAAGACUUAAGACAUAAGUAAAAAAAAUGUCAAAUUUUUUAAUUAUUAAUAAUUAACUUAUGUUGUUGUUAAUUGUAUAAUAUUAUUUUUAUUAUUAUUAAUUAUUUGUUGUUAUAAUUAAUUUAAAUAUUCAACUAUGCACUUGAUAAAAAAUUAGUCACAAUUUUUAUUGUUAUUAAUAAUCGUUUUUCAACGAUUUAAAAAAAUUGAAAAUUUAUUAAUUUUUUGUCAUUUUUCUUAGUGAAUUUUAAAUUAAUAAUUAUUGAAAAAAAAAUUUACAAAUUUAAUGUUUCUAUUGGAAAUUUAUACCAUUUCGAUGAAAUACAAUUUUUUCGACUGAUAUAUUUUUUUCUUUUUUAAAAUUAUUAUUAAUAAAUUGCCUGAUAAAUUUAUCACGACUGUUAAACAUACUUAUUAAUUGUUACAAUUAAUACACGUAGAAAAAAAAAAAAAUAUUUACAUUUAUUAUAGCAAGUGCCGAAUAAUUAUAAAAACUUUUUAGAUGCUCAAUUUUAUUAUUAUUGUUUUUUGCACACAAGUAUUUAAUAACUUGUUAACAAAAAAAAAAAAAAAAAAAAAAUUCGUUGAUUAUUGUUAUUGCAUAAUUGUAUAAUAAGUUGAUAAUUUCAUAUAUAUAUAAUUAUAAUUAUACAUUUUUACAACACUGUAAUAAUUUUAAGUAAAAUUGUAAAUUAGAAAAAUUUGAUAAAUUUAAUAAUCAUUUGAUAAACUUGAUGUUAGAAAAAACAAAAAAUCCUAUAAAAUAAAUCAUUAAAAAAAACAAUUAUAAUAAUGGACAAAAAAAAAAAAUUGUUAAAUUGAUUAAACUGUAUACUGAAGUAAAAAAAUCGAAUAAAAAAAAAAAGAUAAAUUCAAUAAAAAUGCAAAAAAAAAAAAAAAUAAAAAAA